UAGAUGCGCCCUAAGUUCGGCCUGGGGCGGAGGCGGAAGGGGAGCGCCUAUCUCUGCUCCGCCCUGCGUUACACAAGCCUGCCUGGCUCUUGGCGAGUCCUCGCCCUCCUCUGGCUACUAUCGGAGCCUGCCUGCCUGGGCGCCGCAUUGUGUUGUGUUGUGUAACCCGACACACCACAGCCAGAAGCGGAGGCUCUCCAGUGCGAACUCAAGCCGGGAAAGGUGCUGAAGUUCAACAAGAAAUUCCUUCAGUUGUCUGGGAACUGGAUUGAGGAUGUUGAUUCACGUUGUUGGCUUCACAGCUUUUCCCCAUCUGGGUGGAUUUUUUGGCUGGUUCUUGACCCGGAAAGAAGUGCCCACAUGGUUUGAAAGUCUGAACAAACCAUCAUGGCGUCCACCCAAUAAAUUGUUCCCAGUGGCUUGGACAACACUAUAUUCCAGCAUGGGGUAUGCUUCCUACUUGGUAUGGAAGGACCUUGGUGGCUUCAACAGUAAUGCUGUAGUCCCCCUGGGUCUCUAUGGAGCUCAGCUUGCCCUGAACUGGGCAUGGACUCCUAUAUUCUUUGGGGCUCAUAAACUCAAGCUGGCUCUGAUUGACAUCGUAGGUUUGUACGGUCUUGUGGUGGCCACUAUGUACUCCUGGUAUCCGAUUAACAAAACUGCCACACUAUUGAUGGUGCCUUACUUGGCUUGGCUGACCUUGGCCUCUUCUCUUACCUACUGCAUCUGGAGAGACAAUCCAGAAAAGGGAAAGAAGAGAGAAUAAGAAAGGAUUGGGUAACAUUGGAUGAUGCAGGACUUUGAUCCUUUUGAAUUGUACUACAGAAGGAAAUGAAAAUACAGACCCAAGAGCAUUGCCCAUUUCAGCACAGUGAUAGGCAACAGGAAGGGGGCCAUGUUUGUCAGACUGCCGCACAGCUCAACCCUUAUUAGGACUCAACAUACUAUCUUUUAUACAUCUACUAAAAAUAAUCCAAUAGGCCUUGCUUCCAGGUACAUAGGAGCAAGAAUGCAACCUCAGCAUCACAUUGUGUUGAUAUGUAUGGUGAUGUAUUUAAUGAAGCUUGAGAUUAACUUUGAUUUAAUCUAUCAUUGUGUGUAGAGAAUAGCAUCAAAGGGGGAAAGGGGAAUUUUUCUGAAUGCGCAUUGUACUCAGAAUCUACUUGUAUGUGAUCUUUUUUUAAAGAAAAGUGAAAAUGUGUUAAAGACAUGAGGUUUGCUUCACUCACUCUUGUUUGCAGAUUGUAUACAUUAUUACAUUUUCCUCUUGUCAUUUACCCCCACUAUGAACAUUUACUUGUUUGUCUGAUUGAAAAGACCGUAUACAUUCAUAUAGAAAUGAAUGUAUUACAUAUGUACCUAAAAAUGUGAAAUAUUCAUGCAACAAAACAUAGGUUUGCCAGCCCCCUUGUUUACACAUGGGUCUAUUUCUAGGAAACUGGGGCUGAUCAUAGUUCCCUCUUGUUUGGAUUCUUUGUGCCAUAGUUGUGUUUGCUCCAAAGAUGAAAUAUAUGACUAGGAUCAGAUGCUUGAAAUGAGACAUUAGUUCUUUGCAUCUGAAUUCAUUUUAUGUUCUUUCUUUGUACAAGCCAUUUACUACCUGGAUUGGUACUUGCAAAUAGUAUCAGUGAUGAAGAAAAGUUUCACAAGCAGAUAUUAACUUUGAACCAAAGGAAUCCAAUUUUAUUGCCAGAGAUCAUUUUGCUUUAUACUAAUAAAGAUUGCCUUACUGUGAA